AUGGCUCCCAAAAAACGAUCCAAGAGACCGAUGUUAUUGUCGCAUAGUCGGCCUUCCAUUGUCAAGUCCAAGGACGCUGCUCUGUCAGCUAAAGCUACCCGCACUCUGAUUCGAUCCCAUCAUCGACUUCUCAAAGUCCGGGCUCAAGCUCUGGCCGCCGGAGAUGAAGCCCGAGUCAGCAGCGUUGACGCUCAAAUCAAAGCUAAUGGCGGUCUCGAAAGUUAUCAGAUCGCCAGUAAACUAGGCCAGUCGAUGGACCGGGGUGGGGACUCCAGCAAAGUCCUCAUCGAUUGGAUCAAGCCACAGCUCAAGCAAUGGAACAAGACCAUUCCAAAGCUCCGGGUCCUCGAAGUUGGAGCCUUGAGCACUAAAAACGCCUGCUCUACGAAUCCAACCUUGGAUGUCACCCGGAUUGACUUAAAUUCUCAAGAGCCGGGGAUUCUCAGGCAAGACUUCAUGGAACGACCUUUACCUUCCAGUGAUGACGAACGUUUCAACAUGAUCAGUCUGUCAUUAGUGCUCAACUAUGUUCCCGAUGCUACAGGACGUGGCGAAAUGCUCAAGAGAUGUGUCAAGUUCUUGACUUCCAAAUGCCCAAUUGAAUUCGUUCCCAGUCUCUUUCUGGUACUGCCUAUUGCAUGCGUGGACAACUCGCGCUACCUCAACGAGGAAAGGCUAGGGGAAAUCAUGAAUUGCCUGGGCUUCCGUCUCACACAAAGCAAGCGGACAUCAAAGUUGGUCUUCCAUCUAUGGGAACACACUGGCACCUACGCACCCAAGGGUUUCAAGAAGGAAGAGUUGAGGUCUGGCAAAACAAGAAACAAUUUCGCCGUCAUUCUCAAUAAGUGA